AUGGAGGCAAAAGACGUUGAUAUCAAGGAGAAAGACAUCUAUGAGUCCUCUGGGACGGGUGAUGCCGAAAUUGACUCCCAGGCCGAAGUCCUCCGGGCAGCUGGCAUAGGCUUAGGCGAAAAUGACCCUACCGAACCUAUCCUUACUCUGCGAAUGUGGUCGCUCGCAAUCGUCUUUUGCAUUGUCGUCAGUGGCCUGAACACCUUGUACACCUUACGCACGCCCUCCAUCACAAUUUCCGCCUCCGUCGUGCUUCUGCUGGCCCAUCCUCUGGGUAGGAUAUGGGAAAAUAUCGUGCCAGACUGGAAUGUUCCAUUGGGGGUUUGGUCAUUCAGCCUAAACCCAGGCCCAUUUAACACCAAGGAGCAUGUCCUCAUUUACAUAAUGUCGAACCUCAGUGUCUAUGUGCGACUUGGAGCCGACGUGUUGACGGAACAAGAGAUGUUCUAUGGCUACAAAGCGGGCUGGGGCUUUCAAAUUAUGAUAACUCUCGCUACGUUUCUAUUUGGAUUCUGUCUAGCAGGUCUAUUCCGUGCCAUUGUUGUUGUGCCGCGGAAUUUGAUCUGGCCAGGUGUGCUCAGCGUCACUGCGCUCACCACUACAUUACAUAAUGUCAGCCAAGGUGAAGUCCAGGCGAGCUUUAACACUUGGAAAAUGUCUCGAUAUGCAUUUUUCACGAUUAUAGGCACCGUCUCUUUCUGCUGGUACUGGUUCCCAGAUUUCAUCUUUCCGGCCUUAAGCACCUUCAACUUUCCCUGCUGGAUUGCUCCAAAGGAUAAAGUGGUGAAUCAGCUGUUCGGCAUGACUUCGGGCAUGGGUCUUCUCCCGAUCACCUUGGAUUGGAGUCAGAUUUCGUAUGUUGGUUCUCCGUUGCUCAUUCCAUCUUGGGCCAUCCUCAACGUUUUUGUGUCCCUUGUAUUUUGGAUCUGGAUUGUUGCUGUGGCCUGCUACUACACAAAUGUGUGGAAUACUGGCUAUCUUCCAUUCCAGAGUUCGAAAGUAUUUGACAAUACCGGCAGCACAUAUUCCGCAUCGAAAAUCGUUAACGCUGCGAAUGGGUACAAGUUGGAUGUCCAGAAGUAUUUUGAUUAUUCGCCCAUAUACAUGCCGAUUGUGUAUGGACUUAACAUGAUGGGCCUGUCUUUUGCAACUCUCAGUGCUCUUCUUGUAUGGGUCUCUCUUGAACACCGCCAUGUCAUGGCAGACGCCGCAAGACGGAUUCCAUGGGUGAUCAAAGAGUCGUUCUCCAGGCAGUACCAGGGCCCUCACAAAGACGAGACGGGGGCUCCUGAAGUGCCAAUAUGGUGGUAUCUGAUCGGGUGUGUAUUGGCACUAUUCAUGGCUAUCUUUGCAGUGGAAUAUUGGGACGCUGAAUUGAAAUGGUAUGGUGUAUUGUUGGCCUGCGUCGUGGCUUUGGUGUUUUAUCCUCCGCUCGCCCUCGUGUAUGCCACCUCGAAUCUCAAGAUCAACAUCGAUAUUUUUUGUCGGAUUGUCGCGGGCUUUGUCUUCCCCGGCAAGGUGCUUGCAAACAUUUGGUUCUUUGACAUCGGGUAUAUCAGCACCAUCAAGGGGCUAUACUUCGCUCAGGAUAUGAAGCUCGCCUAUUAUUGCCACAUCCCUCAACGACAGCUUUUCGUGGUGCAAUGCGUUGGCAUGGUCAUGGGGACCCUUUCCUCCCUCGGUGUUCUGAACUGGGCUUUAAACCAUAUCCCAGGGGUUUGCACCAGUGCCGCUUCUAACGGAUUCAGUUGUCCUUACUCGACCACCCACUUUAAUACCUCGCUAAUUUGGGGAGCGAUCGGGCCACGACGGUACUUUUCGAACCAGAUCGGGUACUCGGCCUUGCUGUAUUUCUUCAUUAUUGGCGCGGUUCUGCCCAUCCCGGUGCAUUUCCUCAGCCGUCGGUAUCCGAACUCGCUGUGGAAGAAAGUGCACAUUCCUUUGUUCCUCGGCGGGUUGAACUAUCUCCCGCCCGCGACCGGAAUGAAUUAUGGUAGCUGGGCGGUGGUUGGUCUCACAUUUGGCUGGCUGAUUCGGAAAAAAGCGUUUUCCUGGUGGGCCAAAUACAAUUUCGUCCUCAGUUCGGCGCUUGAUUCAUCGGUGGGAGUUGCGGGGGUUUUGAUUUUCUUGACCGUGUUUUUCACAGGAGCGAGUAAACAUUUCAAUUGGUGGGGAACAGAGGUGUAUAAGAACAAUUGCGACUACAAGAGCUGUGCGUAUCUCUCUAUACCUGAGGGGGGAAAUUCGGAGUAUGAGGUGGGAACGCGUUGA